AGAUCCUUUCCCUUUCUUAAAGAGAGGUAGCCUCCAUCCCGGGUUGGGUGGGCGGCACCAGCCUGGCCCUAUCCAGGAGACAGAGAAAAAGGGAAGAGCCUAGAAUUUGCACUUCCCCUUCCCCAAGUGUAUACAGAGCAGGGAGGGCAACGCUGUUGGUUAUCUUCUGGUCCUGGAGUCGAUUUCUGCUGCAAAGAUGGCCGCACUAAAUCCGGUUGUCCCUGAGCUGCACCGACUGCUGGAGAGGGACCCCCAGCUGGCUACUUUUAAACAGGACUUCGAGCGCAGGUAUACUGUCUUUCACCGCAUUUUGAAGAACGUUGAAGACAAUGAAGGUGGCCUUGACAAGUUCACAAGGAGUUACCAGACUUUUGGCAUCCAUAGGUUUGUGGAUGGAGGGCUCUACUGUAAGGAAUGGGCUCCUGGGGCAGAAGCAGUUUUUCUCACUGGUGACUUCAAUAAUUGGAAUCCAUUUUCUCAUCCAUAUAAGAAAAUGGAUUUUGGCAAAUGGGAGUUGUUCAUCCCUCCGGGACCAGAUGGAGUUAAUCCUGUGUCUCAUGGAUCAAAAUUGAAGGUAGUAAUACGAAGCCGAAGUGGAGAGAUUUUCUAUCGCAUUUCUCCUUGGGCGAGAUACGUAGCUCGUGUAGGCACCAAUGUGACUUAUGAGUGGAUACACUGGGAGCCACCAACCCCAUACAAACGGAAACAUCCUAUUCCUAAGAGGCCUAAAAGCUUAAGGAUCUAUGAAUCUCAUGUGGGAAUUGCUUCCCCUGAAGGGAAAGUAGCUUCAUAUAAAAACUUCACACACAAUGUACUUCCGAAAGUCAAGGAUCUUGGCUAUAACUGCAUUCAGUUGAUGGCUAUUAUGGAACAUGCUUAUUAUGCCAGUUUUGGUUAUCAGGUUACAAGUUAUUUUGCAGCCUCAAGCCGUUAUGGACCACCAGAUGAUCUGAAGGAACUCAUUGAUGUUGCCCAUUCAAUGGGGAUUAUUGUACUGUUGGAUGUUGUACAUAGUCAUGCAUCAAAAAAUUCAGAAGAUGGCCUGAACAAAUUUGAUGGCACGGAUUCAGCUUUUUUUCACUCUGGUCCUAGAGGAACACAUUCGCUUUGGGACAGUCGUCUUUUUGACUAUGCCAACUGGGAAGUUCUACGAUUUCUUCUCUCUAACCUAAGGUGGUGGAUAGAAGAAUAUGGCUUUGAUGGCUUUCGAUUUGAUGGCGUUUCAUCAAUGCUAUAUCACCAUCAUGGAAUUGGUGUAGGUUUUAGUGGAGACUACAAUGAAUAUUUUGGUAUGCAGGUUGAUGAAGAUGCUUUGGCAUACCUAAUGAUGUCAAAUCACAUGAUACAUCUCUUACAUCCAGAAUGUAUAACAAUAGCUGAGGAUGUUUCUGGAAUGCCAGCCCUUGCUUGUCCAGUAAUGGAAGGAGGUGGUGGAUUUGAUUACCGACUAGCCAUGGCUAUUCCUGACAAAUGGAUACGGUUAUUAAAGGAGUUUAAGGAUGAAGAAUGGAAUAUGGGUGAUAUAGUGUUUACACUAACGAACAGACGACAUGGAGAAAAAUACGUUACAUAUGCAGAGAGUCAUGACCAGGCCCUUGUUGGUGAUAAGACUCUGGCAUUUUGGCUGAUGGAUGCAGAGAUGUAUACCUAUAUGAGUAUUAUCUCACCUCUCACUCCAGUUAUUGAUCGAGGAAUACAGCUUCAUAAAAUGAUUCGCCUCAUUACUCAUGCACUUGGAGGAGAGGGAUAUCUUAACUUCAUGGGUAACGAGUUUGGUCAUCCAGAAUGGUUAGACUUCCCCAGACGGGGCAAUAACGAAAGCUACCAUUAUGCUAGGAGACAGUUUCAUUUAGCCAAUGAUCAACUUCUUCGCUACAGAUUCCUAAAUGCAUUUGACAGAGAUAUGAACAAAUUGGAAGAAAGAUGUGGCUGGCUUGCAUCUCCACAGGCUUAUGUGAGUGAAAAACAUGAAUCAAACAAAGUCAUCGCUUUUGAGAGGGCAAAUCUCCUGUUUAUAUUCAAUUUCCACCCAUCUCAAAGCUUUACAGAUUACAGAAUGGGUGUACAAAUACCAGGAAAGUAUAAAAUUGCACUGGAUUCUGAUGCUCCAGAGUAUGGAGGACAUAACAGACUGGACCAUAAUACAGAAUUCUUCACUCAGGAGUUUUCGCAUAACCAUCGUGAUAAUUCAGUUUUGCAGCCCAAUUCACAGAGUGAAAGUGAAGGCCAGUUCCGAGGACAGCAGCAAAAACACCACCUGGAGGUAUACAUUCCAAGCAGAGUGGCCAUUGUGCUUGAGAACAUGGAUAUCGCAAAAUGAAGACUUCCAUCCUGUGACUAGAUUUAUCUCUGCAAGUGCAAGGCAGGAAUUUGAUGACAUUGGUAACCGGGAUUUACUGUUUGGGAAAUUUUCUAUAGGAAGAUAUGCUAAUUCAAAGAGAUUCAAAUAUGUGCUUAUUAUUUAUUAAUAAUUACAAAAGCUCUCAUUUUGUGAAAUGCUUAUUGAAAGAAACCAUAUAUUAGUGGAAUGAAAAACUCCUUGUUCAAGCUUUGAUGUUACAGAACUAAACUUCAGAACAGCUGACAUCCUUGAAGUAAUAUUUUAUGUUAUUCUGUCAUGAAUAAUAUGGCCAUUUCAGUAAUUUGCUCCAAUCUGAUAUAUAAUUUUUUUCAUUAGACCAUAAUUUUGUAUUAGAAGUACUUAUAAUCAGUUAUUUUAUUGCCAUCAAGGCAGCCUUAUAAAUCUCUGGAAUACUCUGGAUUCCAAGUUAUAAAGAUGCUUAAUAUUUUCCUACUUCAAACCAAUGAGAAGGAAAAGUUCUUACAUUUAUGGUUUUGGGGAGCUGUGAAACCAAAGAGGCUGGCAAUGAAGUAGCUUUACUGAGGUCACACUGUAGGGCCAUAGAUAACAUUUAAAUUGUGCCUACGUUCAUAUGGAAUGAAUAUCACAUUAAACAUUUAACUCUCUGUUUUGUAGAGGGUAUUGGGAUUAAUAUUGGAAAUCAUGUGUUCUAGGUUAGGCUUUUGAAAGUAAAUGGAACUAAGUACUUUGAGGAUAAUUUCCUAUGAGUCUUGGACAAUAAAAGGUCCCACCAUUCUCAGAAAUAUUGAAAAACGAAUUAUGCCCUCUCACUAAUGCAGUGGCUUAGAUGGAACCACAAAACA